UUCUUUUAAGGGCGGAAAGGCUCUCCCAAGAAUAAUAGCUUCGGCCCCUGUCGCUGUUCAGUCCCUUCCGGGGUGGAUCGGAAAUUGCUUUGUUUUGCUUCAAGAUGGCUGCGGGGAUGUAUUUGGAACAUUAUCUGGACAGUAUUGAAAACCUACCCUUUGAACUGCAAAGAAACUUUCAGCUCAUGAGGGACCUGGACCAAAGAACAGAGGACCUGAAGGCUGAAAUUGACAAGUUGGCCACUGAGUAUAUGAGUAGCGCCCGCAGCCUGAGCUCCGAGGAAAAAUUGGCCCUUCUCAAACAGAUCCAGGAAGCCUAUGGCAAAUGCAAGGAAUUUGGUGACGACAAGGUGCAGCUUGCCAUGCAGACCUAUGAGAUGGUGGACAAACACAUCCGGCGACUGGACACAGACCUGGCCCGUUUUGAGGCUGAUCUGAAGGAGAAGCAGAUUGAGUCCAGUGACUACGACAGCUCUUCCAGCAAAGGCAAAAAGAAAGGCCGGACCCAAAAGGAGAAGAAAGCUGCCCGUGCUCGUUCCAAAGGGAAGAACUCUGACGAGGAGGCCCCCAAGGCUGCCCAGAAGAAGUUAAAACUUGUGCGCGCAAGUCCUGAGUACGGGAUGCCCUCAGUGACCUUUGGCAGCGUCCACCCCUCUGAUGUGUUGGAUAUGCCUGUGGAUCCCAACGAACCCACCUACUGCCUUUGUCACCAGGUCUCCUAUGGAGAGAUGAUUGGCUGUGAUAACCCCGAUUGUUCCAUCGAGUGGUUCCACUUUGCCUGUGUGGGUCUAACAACCAAGCCCCGGGGGAAAUGGUUCUGCCCACGCUGCUCCCAAGAACGGAAGAAGAAAUAGAUAAGAGCCUCAGAUUCCAACACAAUUUCUUCCAUACCCCCUGACCUGGGCUGGUGGAGAGAGGAAUGCCUGUGCUGGGGCUAGGGGCUGGGAAGAGUGGCUGGUGCCAUGUUAUCAUCCCAUUUCCUCCCCUCUCCCCACUCCUGGUGCUGAGGCUGCGUCCACACCCUGGUAGGCAGGGCUGCUGCACGCUAAUGGGAUGUGCUCCAUGCAGCAGCCUCCGCCUUCAGAGGGAAGCAGGCCUGCCCACCGCCCUGUUGCCUCCAUGCUGAUGUUGGUGCUGUAUUUCUGAGAGGUGGUCCUCUUUACUCCCCUUGCUUUGUAUUUGAGGACUGGGGCAAGGGCGUGGGAGCACUUGCCCACCUUCUAAUUCCUACCCCCUGGGGGGCCGCGGUGUGGUGAACUUUAUUUGUUCUUUCCCUGCUUUUUCUGGUGGGGGUCCUGUCAUCUGGGCCUUGCCUUAGUCGAAGGAGCACCCUUCCUCUGUGCCACAAGGAUUCAUCCUGGCCUGUGAAUGGGAGAGGGGGCAAAGUGGAAUGCAGAGCACUCACAUGUAAAGGAGUUUGAGUAGGUGAAUAAAAGCUAUACAUGCUG